AUGCUCUCCUCUCACGGUCGAGGCGGUGCUGGCAACAUGGCCGACUCAACCCACACUGAGAAGACAGAUCUCAGCAAGCUCCAGACUCCCGUCCUCAAGGGCUCUGUUGUCACCACCGGCCGUGGUGGUACAGGCAAUAUGGCCAAGAACGAUGAUCCUCGCGAAACCCGCAAGCGUCAGGACGUUGAAGCUAUCCCUCGACGCCCCUCAUCUGGUGCUCAGCAUUCUGGCCGUGGUGGCGCGGGCAACGUCUUCAAGGACAAGGAGACAGAGUUAACGCGCAAGCCUAGCAACGACGAAGCUAUCACUGACGAGGAGGAGCCCAAGUCUGCCAACUCACCUACUGCUACUGGCGAGUCGUUGGCUCAGAAGGGCAAGAACUGGCUUUUUGGCAAGAAGGCAUAG